ACAACUUUUGCCAGUUAUAAUACAGACUCUACACUAUAAGCAUCCAUAUAAAAAUUCGCGAUUCUUUAGCCAUGAAGCUGCGUCUCUUGUUUUGUUUAUUUAUGAUUUAUACUAAUUUUGUAAUAUCAGAGAAAAUUAGAAAAUGCUGCACUGAAAAUUCUGAAGUUACUGAAAAUACAGGUGAUCUGUUUAUUUGUGGAAACCAAACUAGUGCUAGAUAUCAAGUUUAUGCUGAUUCUUUCAAUAAUACUGAAGGAGAGUGUACCGAUUCAAACACCAACGGUUUUUUUGUAUAUAACCUCCACAAAGGAAAGAUCCUAUCAAAGAACCCCAUAAAAGCAACAUAUCAAAAAUGCUGUCCCUUACAACACACAUACAACCCUCUUCAUCGCUCAUGCACAAAAGAAACAAACCUCACAGAAGGUUACUUACCUUACAGUUUGAUAAAAAUAGGCCUUCCUCACUGUAAGGUGAUUCUAGACACAAAACUGGAGAAUUUGGAUGCAGUGGAGAAAUACUUUGAAGAUGUCCGAGACGAGAAUUUUUGUCUGGACAAAAACAGCCAGGGAGGGUAUAUCGUGAGGAGGUGUGAGGACGAUUUGAAGGUUUGUGAGGAGAGGAGGUGUAUUAAGAAGUGUUGUCCUGACGGUCAGAGUUUUUAUAAUGGGGGUUUUUGUAAGGAUACUUUUGUGCAUGGGUUGAAAUUGGAGGAGCAGUAUUAUUCUGAUUUUAUUGAGGAUGUUACUGACGAGUAUGAACUAAUUUAUGGCACAAAAUGCCCCCAAGUCUCAUUACUCCGCAAGAACACAAUCCAAUACACUAUAACAAAAAAUGGCAAAUUCCGCUACUACUACAACUUCAGUGAGAGCUUCCUGGAAGAAGACUGGAGUGAAUUCAAGAACUACUGCCUGGAACAUGCCACCAAAGGCUCCACCUCGGGGUACCACAUUUUUAUGUGCUAUUCCAAAGAAGUUCCCGAAAAAUUCACUUUUACUCUUUGGGCUAAAAUUUUGUCCUGUGUUUUUUUGGUGAUCACUGUUGGGAUAUACGUUUAUCUGGAUGAGAUCAAGUCAACUUUUGGGAAGAUUUUGAUUAGUUAUUGUUUGACUAUGUUCUGUCUGAUAACUACCUUGAUUGUGUCUCAUUUGCAUUUGUCUUCUUUGAAGAUAGACUGCAAAAUAAGAGCUUAUUUAAUUAUUUUUCUCAAUUUGUCCGCAUUUGCCUGGGUCAAUAUUAUGUCGCUGGACAUAUGGUGGACAUUUAGUACGUCAAAACGGGCUAUAGGUAGCGACCAACGCAGAAAAGAUUUGAAGAAAUAUUUGUUGUAUUGUCUGUACGGAUGGGGGUUGCCUUUAUGUCAUUUGGUACUGAUAAUAACGUUGGAACAGACAGAGAUACUGCCUAAUGUUAUACAUCCUUAUAUAGGAGUAUAUUAUUGUAUUAUCGAGGAUAGAAACUAUGCUCGAAUAUUAUUCUUAUUGGUGCCUCAACUUGUCUUCCAAGUUAUAAAUACAGUGUUGUUCGUAAAAACAAUUGUUUAUUGCGUCAGAGUGAAGAAUGAAAUAAACAAAAUGAACCAUUCGUCAAAGAGUACCGAAAGUCAAAAAUUCUCAGUCAACAAAGAAAGAUUAAUUUUGAUCAUCAAACUAGCAAUCAUAAUGGGAUUCUUUUGGAUCUUCGAGGUAACGACUGCAUUUUUCAGCAACAUGAAAAAAUACAGCACUUUUACGAAACAACUUGAAGUAAUAUUCGAUAAUAUAACUUGCCUACAAGGUAUAUACAUUUUUAUUAUAUUUAUCUGUAAGAAGAAAACACUAAACAGGAUCAAAUCAAAAAUGAGUCGAGUCAAUCAGAAAUUUGCUGGGGCAUACAUGACGCAGUCAAGUCAAACUAAUAGUAUUACUAAAGUAUAUCCCAUUCAAAAAAGACAAACCACCAUGAGUAUAACUCUAAGCGAAUAAAAAAAAUUAUUUCUUAAAUUUAAUACAUUUUUGUCAAAAUUUUACACAUUGAUUUAGUUUGUAUUAAAAUUAAACAUCUCAAUCAUACUGUAAAAGUUGUGAUUUUGAGGACUUAACUAAUCUAAAUAACUAUUAUUUAAAUUUCGUAUUUUUGAAAAAUUACUAGAUACCUAUGAUUUGUUUAAAAGUCUUAAAAAAAUACCUACAAAUAUUUUGAAACUGCCGUUUUAGGAUAUAUAACAUUAUUUUUAUUUUAGUUACCGUAUCUAUAAGGUUUAAGUACGUAACGA